GCCAACAGGUAGGAGAAAGGGACUCGUCCUGUCCUCCUGGAAGAGCUAGAAGAGCAGUGGGCCCCGGGGACACAAUCUAGGAAGAUGGUGGUGGCUGUGAGGACCUGCUCUCUGCUGCUGGUGCUCCUGUUCCUGGCAGUCGGGCUGGGAGAGCACGAAGAGGUUCAGUUCCGAUCCCAUGCUAAAUUUGGUGGCCCCCGACCUCGAGGCCCGAGGUACGCAGAGGGGACCUUCAUCAGUGAUUACAGCAUUGCCAUGGACAAGAUCCGCCAACAAGACUUUGUGAAUUGGCUGCUGGCCCAGAAGGGGAAAAAGAAUGAUUGGAAACACAACAUCACCCAGAGAGAGGCCCGGGCCUUGGAGCUGGCAGGACAGUCUCAGGGAAACGAGGGGACAGAGGUGCAGCGGAGCUCUUUGCCCAAGAACCUCAGUGAUGAAGAUGUGCUAAGGGAACUUCUGAUUCAAGAGCUGCUGGCCUGGAUGGUGGACCAAACUGAGCUCUGCCGACUCAGGUCUUAGUGACUGACUCAGCCAGGGGCAGGACUGGACUCUGACCUUCGCUUGCUCGGCCCCUGCUUCUGCCCUGGUCCAAAGUCUCUUGAGAGAAGCAAACCAAUAAAGUCUUGAGCUGAAGCAAA